AUGAAUUAUAGUUAUGUCAUUUCAAAUCAUAAUAAUUUAUUAAAACAACCAUUAAUUAUUACUAUAACCUUAUAUGAUUAUUUAUGUAAAUAUUUUCUUAUAUGGUAUUUACCCAUAGUAAUAACAUUUGGAUUUUUUGGAUCAAUAUUUUGUUUAUUAUUUCUAUUACAUUCCAAAAUAUUUUCAUCUAAUUUAUUAAUAUGGUUAAUAAGUAUUUGUAUUGGUGAUUUUUUAAUAUUAAUAACUGAAGGUAUAUGGAUGUUAUUAAAAAUAUGGUAUAAAAUUGAUAUUAGAGAUUAUAAUAAUUGGUUAUGUAUUAUUCAUACAAGUUUAUCAAAUUAUUUAUUAUAUUGGUCAGCAUAUAUGCAAUGUAUCUUAUCAAUACAACGUUGUUAUCUUGUAUUAUAUCCAUUACAAAUUAAAUCAAAAUGGAUUUCAUUAACAAAAUUAUUUAUUUAUCAAAUUAUCAUAUCGAUUUUAUUAAUUAUACCAAUACUUCCAUAUCCAUUAUAUUGGCAAAUUAUUAAUAAUGAUUGUGAUCCAAUCAAUGAAAAAAUAUUUCGUUUAACAACAUUAUGUGAUUUAAUAUUUUGGGGAUUAAUACCAGUAUUUGUUAUGACUACAUGUACAGGAAUUAUUUGUCGUAAUUUAUUAGCAAGGAAUAAGUUUACAAAUAAAACGAUUCAAUCUAAAAUGAAAAUGAAUCAAUCUAAUAAUCAUAAUCAUAAUCAUAAUUAUUAUUGUUCAUCUCAUACAACGAGAAAUAUCAGUGAUUUAUGUAAAAUUCAUUAUCCAGAAGACACUGAAAUACAUAUACAUAAGGAAAAGAAAUCAUGUUGUUCAGAAAGUUUAAUAUCAAAUCAAGAAAGUAUAUUGACUAUAAAUAAUCAGACAAUUCGUUCAAUGAAUGACAUUCGAACAACAUCAGAGUUAAAUAAACGUAAAUAUAUUACACAAGAUAGUCAUACACAUGUAACACCAUUAUUAUUAUGCAUGAAUUUUUUUUAUAUGGCUAGUGUAUGUCCAUUACUUAUUUAUUUUUUAUAUUUAAAUUUCAUUGUAGAUAGUAUUGAUAAUAAUAUGCAUAAAUUUCUAUACUACUUAUUUCGUAGUUUAUGCUUAUUGAGUACAUGUACUAAUUGGAUAUUUUAUUGUGUUGCUGGUAAAAAAUUUCGUGAUCAUACAAAACAAUUAUUAUUAUCAUUAUGUAAUUCUAAUAAAAUUUCAUCCGUCAUUAAUGAAAAUGGUUUCUUAAUUAUUAAAUAUACUGAUAAGCAUAGGUGUUCAGUUUCAAAUAUAACAAGAACCAAAGGAUUAUCAUCAUCGGAUAAUUAAACAAUUCAAACAUUAUCAACCAAUUAUAUAUUAUUAUAACUUUUAAAUUUAAUUAGAUAUUCAUGUUGAUCAAUCUAUAUAAUGCCUUGGAUUCUAAUAAUGAAUGAUCCUAACUAUUAUUUCCAUACAACAAAUAACUUAAAUAAGCCAUUUGUGAUUCAUUUUGUAGAAAAAGAAAAUUAUUGUAUCACUUCUUAUUCAUUUAAUUGUCGUGAAAUACGUAAGAAAUUGCUUCUUUUUCUUAAUGGAUAUUAAUUAUUGAAAACAUUCAAUUAAGUUUGUCAAUCAUUUCACUGCUACAUUUAUAUUAGUUCAGAAUCAGAAUAACUUUUUCUUUUCUUUUUUUUAAAAGUUACAUUUCAUAUUGUCAUUCGUUUAGUUAAAAUAUAAAUUCAUCAAAUAGCCAUACCCGAACAUUAAUAUUGAAGAGAAUAGACAAAACAAUUCCUUGUAAGUACCCGAAAAGAAAGAUUUUGAAGUUCUUAUUUCUAAACAACAAAUUGUAUAUAUUUCCAUAAUAAAAU